CCGGCGCCGGAGACCAUGGGGCAGCGGGCGCUGCUGCUGCUGCUGCUGGCGGGGCUGCUGGGGGAGGCUCUGGGCGGCUUCCCAAACACCAUCAGCAUCGGUGGACUUUUCAUGAGAAAUACUGUUCAGGAGCACAGUGCUUUUCGAUUUGCUGUGCAGUUAUACAACACAAACCAAAAUAUCACAGAAAAGCCCUUCCAUUUGAACUAUCAUGUAGACCACCUGGACUCCUCCAACAGUUUUUCAGUGACUAAUGCUUUCUGUUCACAGUUCUCCAGAGGAGUUUAUGCCAUCUUUGGAUUCUACGACCAGAUGUCAAUGAACACACUGACGUCGUUUUGUGGGGCUCUGCACACGUCCUUCAUCACCCCCAGCUUCCCAACAGAUGCAGAUGUGCAGUUUGUCAUCCAGAUGCGGCCAGCCUUAAAAGGAGCCAUCUUGAGUCUUUUGACAUAUUACAAAUGGGAAAAGUUUGUGUACCUCUACGACACAGAGAGAGGGUUUUCCAUUCUUCAGGCAAUUAUGGAGGCAGCAGUGCAGAACAACUGGCAAGUGACAGCCAGAUCCAUGGGAAACAUAAAGGAUGUUCAAGAGUUUAGGCGAAUCAUAGAGGAAAUGGACAGACGACAAGAAAAAAGAUACUUAAUCGACUGUGAAGUAGAGAGAAUAAACACCAUUUUGGAACAGGUUGUAAUCCUUGGUAAACAUUCUCGAGGAUAUCACUACAUGCUAGCUAACCUGGGUUUCACAGACAUUACGUUGGAGAGAGUAAUGCAUGGAGGUGCCAAUGUUACUGGAUUCCAGAUUGUGAACAAUGAAAACCCAAUGGUUCAACAGUUCUUACAACGUUGGGUUAGGCUGGAUGAAAGGGAAUUCCCUGAAGCUAAGAACUCGCCGUUAAAGUAUACAUCUGCACUGACCCAUGAUGCAAUCCUAGUAAUAGCAGAGGCUUUUCGCUACCUCCGAAGGCAGCGUGUCGAUGUCUCCAGGAGAGGCAGUGCUGGAGACUGCCUAGCAAACCCUGCCGUACCCUGGAGCCAAGGAAUCGAUAUAGAACGAGCACUGAAAAUGGUACAAGUACAAGGAAUGACUGGAAACAUCCAGUUUGACACCUAUGGGCGUAGAACAAAUUAUACAAUUGAUGUAUAUGAAGUGAAAGCUGCUGGAUCUCGGAAAGCUGGUUAUUGGAAUGAAUAUGAACGAUUUGUGCCAGCUGUGGACCAGCUAAUGUCUAACGACACUUCUUCUGUGGAGAACAGAACUAUAGUUGUCACUACCAUCUUGGAAUCACCAUAUGUAAUGUAUAAGAAAAACCAUGAACAACUAGAAGGGAAUGACAGAUAUGAAGGAUAUUGUGUAGACUUAGCUUUUGAAAUAGCAAAACAUGUUGGAAUAAAAUACAAACUGUCAAUUGUUGGAGAUGGGAAAUAUGGAGCUAGGGACCCUGAAACUAAGAUUUGGAAUGGCAUGGUGGGUGAGCUGGUCUAUGGGAGAGCAGAUAUAGCCGUUGCCCCACUCACCAUAACACUUGUACGAGAAGAAGUCAUAGACUUUUCAAAGCCUUUUAUGAGCCUGGGCAUCUCCAUCAUGAUCAAGAAGCCUCAGAAAUCUAAGCCUGGAGUAUUCUCCUUUCUGGAUCCUUUGGCUUAUGAAAUUUGGAUGUGUAUAGUCUUUGCUUAUAUUGGAGUCAGCGUAGUUCUUUUCCUAGUCAGCAGAUUCAGCCCUUAUGAAUGGCAUUUGGAAGACAACAAUGAAGAGCCACGUGACCCUCAGAACCCUCCUGACCCUCCAAAUGAGUUUGGAAUAUUUAACAGCCUUUGGUUUUCCCUGGGUGCCUUUAUGCAGCAAGGAUGCGAUAUUUCUCCAAGAUCUCUCUCAGGGCGAAUUGUUGGAGGAGUCUGGUGGUUCUUCACCCUCAUCAUUAUCUCUUCCUACACUGCUAAUCUUGCUGCCUUCCUAACUGUGGAAAGGAUGGUCUCUCCCAUAGAAAGCGCAGAAGAUCUGGCUAAGCAAACUGAAAUAGCCUAUGGGACUUUGGAUUCAGGCUCAACCAAAGAAUUUUUUAGAAGAUCCAAAAUAGCCGUCUAUGAGAAAAUGUGGUCUUACAUGAAGUCGGCAGAGCCAUCCGUGUUUACCAAAACGACAGCCGACGGCGUGGCCAGAGUGCGCAAGUCCAAGGGGAAGUUUGCCUUCCUGCUGGAAUCGACCAUGAACGAGUACAUUGAGCAGCGGAAGCCCUGUGACACAAUGAAAGUUGGUGGAAACCUGGAUUCCAAGGGCUAUGGUGUAGCAACUCCAAAAGGCUCAGCAUUAAGAACUCCUGUAAACCUUGCAGUAUUGAAACUCAGUGAACAAGGCAUCUUAGACAAGCUGAAAAACAAAUGGUGGUACGAUAAGGGUGAAUGUGGAGCCAAGGACUCCGGAAGUAAGGACAAGACAAGCGCUCUGAGCCUGAGCAAUGUUGCUGGGGUUUUCUAUAUUCUUGUUGGAGGUCUUGGUCUCGCCAUGAUGGUUGCUUUGAUAGAGUUUUGUUACAAGUCUCGGGCAGAAUCCAAACGAAUGAAACUCACAAAGAACACACAAAACUUUAAACCUGCUCCUGCAACCAAUACCCAGAAUUACGCUACGUACAGAGAAGGCUACAACGUGUAUGGAACAGAAAGUGUUAAAAUCUAGGGAUCCUCACUUAUGACAGCAUGCAAGAGGAGAAGCAGUUGAGAUUGUGGCUACUUCAUGGAUCCUGACCACCUGAGCCAGUUUUACUCUCUCCUAGGUGUCAGGCAUGACACAUAUUGAUGAUGGUGCAAUGAACUUUUUUUUUUUCCUUCAGUGCCUUAUGGAAGACUCUGAGACUCACAACAAUGCAAACCAUCACUGAAAUAUUCUUGCUUUGCUUGAAAACAAAAAACAAAACAAAAGAACUGGUAACUAGACAAAAUACUAGUAUGUGAACAAAUAUACUUGUAAAAAAAUCAGUUCAACAAAAGCCAUUCUUUGAUACCACUGCACAGUAUAUGAACUUACGUCCUCAAACCAGAAUAAAGGUCAGUUUUCAUCGUCUACCCCGUUCCUGAUCUAAAGCCUCAGACGUCCACUGCUUGUGAACACAGACCAGCCUGUCGCUACUUCUGUGAUCGACUGUCAAGAUGCUUUGGGUACUUCUUAAAAGGGUGGUGUGAUUUUUUUUUCUAGCCACUUUAAAUUCUCUAGCUCAUUUGGUAAAACAUGUAUAUCAGUAAAAGGUGAAUGUAACACACAUCCAAAAAGAAAAUGUGCUGGAAAAAAAAAAGAUGAAGUCAGUGAUUAUGCAUCUGUAAGUCCAAAAGAAAAUGAUUUGUGGAACUGCAGAUCUUGCUUCCAGAUCAGUAAAUGAAUUCUCUUGACAAGCUAACUAUAGUGCCAGUAAAAAAAAAUACUGUACGCCUUUUUCUCUAUAAUCAGGCAUAACUACAGGUGCUUUAUUAAAAUGGCAUUAGCUGGCUUUAAAAAAGAAAAAACUAAUAGCCACUCGUGAAUUUAGGUUCUGGCCACAUAUAUCUCUCUUUUCUUGCUGUGCAUUUGCAUUUUAAGUCGAUAUCUAAUAUUCAGCAACGAGGCGAGAGAAGUGCAAAACAGUUUUUCCCACACCUGGUUAAAACCACUUUUCUCAAUACUAGCAGUGUGCUCAGAUGAUGCUUCUUGGAUUAUUGUCAUUUGGAAAACAAAGAUGAGGAAACAGGAGAGUGUCUCAAAUGAGACCUACAGUUUGAGACUAUUAUUAUGCGAUCUAACAUUACUAUUGCUAGUACUGUUAUAUUAUAUCAGCUCCUGCCAAUAAUUGUUUCAUGGCUAUUCAUCAAAGGAUGCUUGUGUCCUUUCCAGUUUGUAAAGAAUACAAUGCAUUCCAAGAUAUACUGCUAAAGAUAGAGGCUCAGUAUUACUCACAUCCAACUUCUCAAUAGAGGCAGUUUUUCAACCUUGACUCUGUGCCAGAAAACUACUUUACUGCAUUUUUUAAGGAAGAAAAAAAAAGAAACUUUUACUGUCACAGUUACAGAGAAAUGUUCAAGGAAGUAUCUGCAUACUAAUUACCUCUAAUAUGACAAUAAGUACUUUCUGUAGUUCAAUAGAGUUUUCUUUCAUCAGUAACAUACAUGGAAAAAUCUUCCAGAUGAUAAUGAAUAAUCCUUUAAAAAAAAAAAAAAAGUUUGACCCUUUAGGCUUUUAGUUCUUUGACAAUAGAUUUGAUCUUCUAUUAGAAUUUUAAAAAAUGAAAGAAAGAUAAUAUGGAGAAAGCCUUGCUAAAGAAAUAAAUAUUUCCAACAAAAUGUACUAUAAAACAUUUUUAAACCUCAUGGAAGAACAACGCACUGUUAAAGUUUUUAACACACUAUUGAACAAAAAGAAACUAUUUGUUCCUUUUUUUCAUGAAACUGAUUUUCAGGUUCCAAAUGCUAUCACAUCCCAGCGAGGGGGAAAGGAAAGCUCAGCAGUUAUAAGUUGUAUUAAAAACAAACAUUUUCUUAGAAGCUGUAUAAAGAGAAAUGUAUGUUUAUCACAUCGAUUUUUAAGAGUGGAAGCUUCACACCGGUGAAGGGGUUUGGUAAAAUGGAUUGUUAUUUUUAAAAACUUGCAUGUAAAAAAAAAAAAAAAAAGUGUUGAUGCUUACAAAUUCCUGCUACCAACUUCAAGCUGCAGAAGUCCAGCAGUAGUCACUCGAGGAGUUCUUGGUUUACUUUUU